AUGCGGCUGGAAAGCAGCGACUACUUCAGGGGCAAGAAGCUACGAUUACUCAUUCACCAUCAUUGGCAAAGACAAGUAGUCAACGCCAGCCAGCCCGAAAGCUUGAUCAAGUCGUUAAAGAUGCCCGUAUCGCACCGUCCCACCCAAGCCACCCAGCAGAGACAGCAUCCUCCUCUCAAGCCGAGCCAGAACCGCCUCUUGCCCGAAAACGGCCUAAGCUCUCAACAGACGACGCCCCUCGUGGUUCCGGGGAUGGCAACUGGACUCGAAGCAGAAGUUCCGUCAAGUCUCGAAAUCCUCUCUCCUCCCCCCCCGACCGACAAGCUAGAGCUACGGCCCAGCGAUCUGAUCACCGAGGUUCUCGGCACCCUAGCCCGCGAGUUAAAUCUUGAGAAGCGAUUCAAGCCUUCAUUACAGACCCGGGAGCUGCGCCCAUUUGAGAGGGGCUACUGGCGACUAGACUGUUCUUCGUGGGAACCCGAGCUGAAGCGGUCGGCUUGGGGGUUCCUAACCGAUUAUCUGGGCAGAGGCGCGGCGGGCUGGGGGACAUCAUGUCGGCGCGAUGAAGCCUUCUCGUGGAUACGGCUGUACUGCUGGGGUUGCGUCGUAGGACAUAUGUACUUGGUUCUCUACCUAGCCAGCAGAAGAAGAAUCCUGCAUACAGGUAUGGAGUGGGUUGCCGGAGACGGGACGGCUGUUGUGGUGAUUAGUCCGAGGGUGAGCGCCACGUGA